AUGACGGACAACGGUGUAGAAAUGCAGCACUUCAACUUAUGUACCAUAAAAACUGCUACAAACAAUUUCUCAGAUGCGAAUAAGCUCGGAGAAGGUGGUUUUGGCCUGGUUUACAAGGGCAAGCUGACUAAUGGAAAGGAAAUAGCAGUGAAGAGGCUUUCAAUGAACUCAAAACAAGGUCUUAAAGAGUUCGAGAAUGAAGUGAUGUUAAUUGUGAAACUUCAACAUAGAAAUAUAGUGAGGCUCUUGGGAUGCUGCGUGGAAGGAGAUGAAAAGCUUUUAGUCUACGAGUACAUUCCAAACACCGGUCUUGAUGCCGUCCUGUUUGAUCCAUCAAGAUGCACAGAACUACACUGGGCUAAGCGAGCAAACAUUAUCAAUGGGAUCGCAAGGGGACUUCAAUAUCUACGUGAGGAAUCUCGGCUCAAAAUCAUCCAUCGGGAUUUGAAAGCAAGCAAUAUAUUGUUAGAUGCUGAGAUGAACCCAAAUAUUUCAGAUUUCGGCACUGCUAGGAUUUUUGGAGAUAAUCAAAUAGAAGCCAACACUAACAGAGUCGUGGGUACAUAUGGAUACAUGGCGCCAGAAGAUGCAAUGGAAGGACUAUUUUCAUUCAAGACGGAUGUUUACAGCUUUGGAGUUCUAAUGCUAGAAAUCCUUAGUGGGAAAAAGAACAGUGGCUUCUACGAUUUAGACUCAAAUAUGAAGUUUAUACUUACUGCAUGGCGACUUUGGAGUGAAGGCAGAGGAAUGGAGUUGAUAGAUCAGAUCUUGGUCGACACAUGUCCUGAAAAAGAGGCUCUGAGAUUGAUACAAAUCGCAUUGCUUUGUCUUCAGGAAGAUCCUAAUCUUAGACCUACAAUGGCAUCUGUCCGUCUCCUGCUUGCAGCAAGCAAAUCGAUAAACAUUCCUCAGCCAUUAGCACCUACGUUCUCUAUAGAUAGAUUUGCGACAUCUGAUCGUUCUUCUACAACUGGGGCCGGGAUAGGAUUUGCCACCUCUGAUCAAUCUUCAAAAUCCGGGGCCGCGGUAGCUUUUGCCAGAUCUGAUUAA